AAUACAAAUUUUAAGGCCAAAAAAAAAAGGGGGAAAGAAGAACAAAUAGCCUUGGCAACAUUCCAGAUCUGAAACGGAACCUCUUCUACGGUUUCAUAAAUCUCAUGUUUCUUAUUCUUCACACUCAUCACUGAUAAACCCCGCCUAAUAUCUAUAUCCUUCAGGUAAUUAUGCUCUUUCUUCUUCAUGAUGUUGAUCUGUAUGUUCCACUCCCUUAAAACAUAUUUUUUAUUGUGGUUAAGACUCACUAAGUUGGAGCUCAGCACCAAGUUAGAUUCUUUAUGAUGUGUAUCCAGUUUCUGUGAUUAGGAAUACCCAUCAUUGAACUUCACAAGUUAUGGGUUUGAGUUGGAUGUUUUCAAGGGUUUGCUUCUAGGGGUUUUUUUAUGAGAAUUGUGAGUUUUUAUAGCGUUAGGUGAAUUGAAAUCUUUGUGAAUCGGUUUUUUUGAAGCAAAGUUGUGAUCUUUAGAUUUAUGAGAUAUUAAUUGCGGAAGGAGGGGGGAAGAAAGAUGAUGGGUGAGAAGUUUUGUGUGAAUGAAGAAGAUAAGGGUGUGUUGGAAUCUGUGUUGGGCGCUGAUGCUGUUGCCUUCUUUAUUUCGGCGGUUUCUAAUAAUGUCUUUUCUGGUGUGGUUGUUCCGCCGCCCGGUGCUGAUCCGGCUCUCCGGCAGCGGCUGUGUCAGCUUGUUGAGGUUUCCAAGUGGAAUUAUGCUGUGUUUUGGCAGGUUGCUGGCUUGAAAUCUGGUGGUUCUGCCUUGAUUUGGGGCGAUGGGCAUUGCCGUGAUCCGAAAGGGGGUGGAGCCGGAGGCGAAAGGAAUGUAAUUGGGAAGGAGGAUGAUGAGGAGGUGAGAAAGAAGGUGCUGCAGAAGCUUGAUGCCUGCUUUGCUGGGUCUGUAUCCAAAGAGGUUAAUUGUGCAAGGUUGGAUAGGGUCUCAGAUUUGCAUAUGUUUUACUUGACCUCGAUGUGUUACAUAUUUGGUUUUGAUUCGCCCUGUGGCCCUGGCAGUUCUUUCAAGUCUGCUAAAUCAAUUUGGGCUUCUGAUGCUGCUAGUUGUUUGAACCAAUUAGAGUCUAGAUCGUUUUUGGGGAAAUUAGCUGGUCUUCAAACGGUUGUUUUUGUUCCGCUAAAAUCUGGGGUCGUCGAGCUUGGUUCAUUGGAAAUGGUACCUGAAGAUCAGGGUGUUGUGGAGAUGGUCAGGACAGCAUUUGGAGAAUCUAGUCCUGGACAGGCAAAGGUGUUUCCAAAGAUUUUUGGGCAUGAAUUAAGCCUGGGGGAUACAAAAUCUCAGUCUAUAACUAUUAGUUUCUCCCCAAAGGUGGAGGAUGAUUCUGGUUUCACUUCAGACUCUUAUGAAGUUCAAGCACUAGGGGUGAACCAUGGUUAUGGAAAUUCUUCCAAUGGGACUUUAGGUGACAGUAAUGAAGCUAAGUUGUUCCCUCAAUUAAAUCAAAUGAUUGCUGGGAAUUUUAACCCUCAAGCGAGGGUUCCUUGCCUAGAUCUUGGUAAUGAAGACUCAUGCUCAACUCAUGCAGAUGAGCGAAAGCCCCGGAAAAGAGGUCGCAAGCCUGCCAAUGGGAGAGAGGAACCACUAAACCAUGUUGAAGCAGAGAGACAAAGACGAGAGAAGCUUAACCAGAGGUUUUACGCAUUAAGAGCUGUUGUCCCCAAUAUAUCUAAAAUGGACAAAGCAUCUCUUCUUGGUGAUGCCAUCACCUUCAUCACUGAUCUCCAGAUGAAGAUCAAGGUGUUGGAAACUGAGAAGAACAUGAUUAACAAUAAAGACCAAAAGUUGUCAUUGCCAGAUAUUGAUUUCCAGGCGAGAGAGGACGAUGCAGUUUUGACGGUGAGAUGCCCCUUAGAUAUUCACCCUGUUUCUGGCGUUGUUAAAACCUUCAGGGAGCAUCAAGUUGUGGCUCAAGAGUCCAGUGUUUCAACUACAGAUGAUAAGGUAAUUCAUACAUUCUCCAUAAGAACACAGGGAGGGGAGGCUGCUGCUAUACAGUUGAAAGAAAAGCUUGAAGCAUCCCUAUGCAACAAUUGACACGUCAACUUAUACUUAUGUGGAGCAUCUCAAUGCUGCUGUAAACCAUGUCAGAAAUAUUGUAUGUUUGUCUUGUAGGCUGACAUGUGAUUGUUCCUUAGUGUACUUUGUUAGUUGUAAUCUAUGUUUAAGAUAUGGAGCUGGCAGGCUCCUUUGGAGUAACCAGUUAUUGAUGACCUGAAUUAUGUACCUAUGUUGAUUCAUAGUUGAUGUUGAUGCAUAAUAUUAUAGGUUGAACUAUUUAUAUUUAAUCUACCACCAAUUUACAUGCUUGUUCUAGUUCUUGGUUUAUAAUAUUAUGCAUUCAGUUGCAGAUUCCAGAUCCACUAUCAAACAGGGUACUUCUCCAAUGGGUAUUUUUUUUUUUGGUCAACCUCGAAUGGAUCUGUUGGGCCUGGCUCAACAGUUUAGGAGAUGAUGGGCUGGGUUUCGUUGCCCCUUGUUCUUAAUUCUAGUUU